AUGCCUCAGGCUUUCUCUACCAGGUGGUGCCCCACAUCAGAACAACUCAUGAUCCUUGAAGACAUGUACAGAGGAGGAAUACGCACACCAAAUGCGUUACAGAUCCAGCAGAUCACUGCUUACCUCUCCUUCUACGGAAAGAUUGAGGGCAAGAACGUGUUCUACUGGUUUCAGAACCACAAGGCUAGGGAAAGACAAAAACUCAGAAGGAAGAUGAGCAUGCACCUCCACCGUCAUUUUCACGUCGAUAGAGCUGCUGCCAAUUUAGGUCACGUGAAACAAAACCAGCAUUUCUUUCCCAACCAUGUUCAGGGAACGAGCAGAUCAGUAAUGAAUUUCGCCUGCAAGCUAGAUAACACCGGCCGUCCAGAGAUGAGGAGGCCGGCGACCGUCGAUGGUACUGGACUAAAGCACGAGUGGGUGAUCUUGGAGCUGGACCCUGCUAGUUACUGCCGUCCGUUGCGGACGCUGGACCUCUUCCCCGUCACCAGCACCGGUUUGAAGGAAGAGAAGACCGCAGGCACCGCCGCUGCAGCCGCCACCAGCACCACCACCAACCCUACGGCGUGCUCAUGUUCCAAAACUACAGACUAA